UUUAAUCAGAAAAUAACAUUAAUUGAACACAAAAAUACUGUUCAUUCAAAUAAGUAUUUCCACUGUUUUUGGCCUAAAUGUCAGUUCAAGACUAAAUAUAUAAAGUGUUUAACAACUCAUCAAUUAAUUCAUACAAAUAUUAGACAAUUUAAAUGCGAUUAUAAUAAUUGUAAUCAAGCUUUUAAAACAAAUGGAAAUUUAACUCAACACAAAAAUUGCGUUCAUUUAAAUAAGAGAUAUAAAUGUGAUUUCAAUGACUGUAAUAAAAGUUUUACAUCAAAAACAUAUUUAGUUGAACACAAAAGUUGUGUUCAUUUGAAGAAAAAGCCGUUUAAAUGUAAUGAAGAAAAUUGUGGCAAAAGUUUUGGUCAAAAGAAGCUUCUAAUGCAACACAAACGCAAACAUUCGGGAGAAAAACCUUUUGCUUGUGAUUUCAGUGAAUGUAAAAAAGCUUUUAAAUCAAAAUCAAAUUUAAUUGAACACAAAAAUAGCGUUCAUUUGAAUAUAACAUUUAUUUGUGAUUUUAAUAAUUGUAACAAAAAUUUUAUAAACAAACAUUCAUUACUUCAACACAAAAGUUGUGUUCAUUUGAAAGGAAAACAAUUCAAAUUUAAUGAAGAAAAUUGUGGCAAAAGUUUUGCUCGAAAAUACGAUCUAAACAAACAUAAAGUCAUACAUUCAGGAGAAAAAUCAUUUAAAUGUGGUUUCACUGAAUGUAAUAAAUGUUUUGCACGAAAAGAUGAAUUACUUAUUCAUCAAAGUUGUGUUCACUUAAAGCAAAAGCCAUUUAAAUGUAUUGAAGAAAAUUGCGGCAAAAGUUAUGGUCAAAGAUCACAAUUAGCUCGACAUAAACUCUUUCAUUCGGGAGAUAAACCUUUUGUUUGUGAAUUCAAUAAUUGUAGCAAAAGUUUUACAUCAAAACGAAGAAAACAAUUCAAAUUUAAUGAAGAAAAUUGUGGCAAAAGUUUUGCUCGAAAAUACGAUCUAAACAAACAUAAAGUCAUACAUUCAGGAGAAAAAUCAUUUAAAUGUGGUUUCACUGAAUGUAAUAAAUGUUUUGCACGAAAAGAUGAAUUACUUAUUCAUCAAAGUUGUGUUCACUUAAAGCAAAAGCCAUUUAAAUGUAUUGAAGAAAAUUGCGGCAAAAGUUAUGGUCAAAGAUCACAAUUAGCUCGACAUAAACUCUUUCAUUCGGGAGAUAAACCUUUUGUUUGUGAAUUCAAUAAUUGUAGCAAAAGUUUUACAUCAAAACGAAGUUUAUUUCAACACAAAAGUUGUGUUCAUUUGAAUGAAAAGCCAUUCAAAUGUAAUGAAGAAAAUUGUGGCAAAAGUUUUGGUCUCGAAUAUACACUAAAUCAACACAAAUUGACGCAUUCGACAGAAAAGCCAUUUAAAUGUGAUUUUAAUAAUUGCAACAAAAGUUUUAUAACAAAACAAUAUUUAUUUCGACACAAAAGUUGUGUUCAUUUGAAAGAAAAGCGAUUCAAAUGUAAUGAAGAGAAUUGUGGCCAAAGUUUUGGAAAUAACUCAGCUCUUACUGCACACAAACGCUAUACUCAUUCGGGAGAAAAACCAUUUAAAUGUGAUUUAAAUGAUUGUAAUAAAUGUUUUAAACAAAAGGGAAAUUUAAAUCGACAUAAAAGUUGUGUUCAUUUGAAGGAAAAGCGAUUCAAAUGUAAUGAAGAGAAUUGUGGCAAAAGUUUUUCAGAUAAACAAGGAUUAAAUCAACACAAACUCUCGCAUUCA